CACUCUGUUUACAUGGUGUAUAGGGCUUAAAAGGCAGAGCGCAUAAAGAAGAGUGCAAAAGAUGUUUACUUGCAUAAACUGUACGAAAACAUCAGACAGAGACGAUGAAGACGAAGAUGGAGCGCGUGGGAGCACCACUCCCAACACUAAAGAAGCCGUUAAAAGCCUAACUACACAGAUUAAAGACAUGGCUUCAAAAUUCUCUGGUGCUUCUAAACAAUCCAAGCCACCUUCUGGCUCCUCAAGCAGCAACUUGAGGAGAGAGCUGAGGAAGUAUCCGGAUUACGACGCUGCAUCAGAUAGUGUUCCAUACCCUUAUAUGGGUGGUGGAAGCACAAGUUCCACUCCUGCUUGGGACUUCACAAGCUCCUCUCAUAAUCAGGGUGGAAGGGCAGAUUCAAGAUUCACAUCAAUGUAUGGUGGUGAACGUGAAUCCAUCUCUGCUCAGUCUUGUGAUGUGGUUCUAGAAGAUGAUGAGCCAAAGGAGUGGAUGGCUCAAGUAGAGCCUGGUGUUCACAUUACAUUUGUCUCACUUCCUACUGGAGGAAAUGAUCUUAAACGGAUACGUUUCAGCCGGGAGGUGUUUGACAAGUGGCAGGCGCAGAGGUGGUGGGGUGAGAACUAUGACAAAAUAGUUGAGCUAUACAAUGUUCAGAGAUUUAACCGACAAGCCCUUCAAACCCCUGGUAGAUCCGAAGAUCAGUCGCAGAGAGAUUCAACAUACACAAGAAUAGAAUCAGCAAGAGAAAGCAGAGACUGGACUCCAAGACACAACUACAGACCACCAGGAGGAAGCAGCAUCCCACAUCACUUUUAUGGACCACCAAUGGACGCAGCAAGAAUCACCACCUCAUCUAGAGACGAUCCUCCUUCUGUCAGUAACGCUAGUGAAAUGCAAGCAGAGUGGGUCGAAGAGGACGAGCCAGGUGUUCACAUUACCAUCAGACAGUUACCUGAUGGAAGCAGAGAGUUACGCCGUGUCAGAUUCAGUCGGGAACGUUUUGGUGAAGUGCAUGCAAAGACAUGGUGGGAGCAGAACAGAGACAGGAUACAAACACAAUACCUCUAAGGUGGAGGGAAGAAAGAGAGACCAAUGUUUAAUCUUCUUUAACAAAACAUCGGUAUACACAAAAACAGAAUGUGAUAUGAACACAAAAAUGAGAAGAAUUUUUUUGGUUUUAGAGGUUUGUAGUUUAGUUUAGUUCUCGGCGUUUUGACAGAUAUGUAAUUUUUCAGACAGAUGAGAUGAGGUUUUUAUUUUAUUGAUUCAUUCAAAUUGUUUUCCAUUCUUUUUUUGCUACUAGCUCUGAAUCUGUAAUGGCUUUGUUG